AUGGCGCUCCUAUUGUUCUCACGCUGUCGUUUGCUGGUCUUUCCAAAGUAUCACCGCCACAUUGCCACGCUUCGUUCCAAUUCGACCUUUGCGAGGACCAUCACUACUGGAAUCCACCACUCGCCGCUGCUACGCCCAUCCAUCCCCACUAUUACUAGUUCCACCCAAAAGAAUCUCCGUUGUCGCCUCACCAUGUCUGCUGCCGAUGUGAUUCCGGGUCGACCUACUUGGCAGCAAACCAUGCUGCGCAUCAAGGAUCCCGCCAAGUCCAUCCCAUUCUACACGGACCUUCUUGGAUUUACGCUGAUUGACAAAUUUGAUUUUCCCCAGUACAAGUUUUCUUUGUACUUUUUGACCACCCUCAAGGAAGGAGAGAAAUACACGCUGACUCCAGGAACCCAGGAAGCGCAUGAUUAUCUCUGGACCAUGGAAGGCGUGGCCUUGGAAUUGACCCACAAUCAUGGAACCGAAUCGGAUGAUUCCUUUGCAGGAUAUCAUGCUGGGAACAAAGAAAAAGAUGGAUUUGGUCACAUUGCUGUAAACACGGAAGAUGUCUAUGCGUUGUCCGAGAAACUGGAAAAAGCCGGAUGCAGCUUCAAAAAGAAACCGGAUGAAGGAAGAAUGAAAGGUCUAGCCUUUGUGUACGACCCGGAUAUGUACUGGGUAGAACUUGUCAAACGAGGAGACGACUCCAACAUUCCCAACGAAUGCAACUUUUCACAGACCAUGCUCCGUGUCAAGGAUCCCCAAAAGAGCGUUGAAUUCUACAAGAAGCUGGGCAUGAAAGUCUUGGUCCAGCGGGACUUUAGUGACUUUAGUCUGUACUUUUUGGGAUCCUCCAAUAUGGACGAGAGUCUCUUUUACAAGCAACACUUUAAUCCAGUGCUGGAAUUGACCCAUAACCAUGGCACCGAAAAAGACAAUGAUUUCAAGCACUACAACGGCAAUGAAGAAGGACGACAAGGAUUUGGACACAUUGGAUUCCUGGUGGAUGAUGUCUAUGCGGCAUGUGAUGAGAUUCGAAAAAUGGGGUAUGGCUUUCGCAAGGAACCGGAUGGUGGUUCCAUGAAAGGCCUUGCAUUUGCGUACGACCCUGAUGGAUAUUCUGUCGAAAUAAUCAAACGCGGUGGAAUUGACUUUGGUGAUAAACGCGUGGAAAACAAAUAG